CAAGAUCUGAGGAAAAAUGGAGUUAUUAAGAGCGGCAAGAUGAAGUCAAGCAGUACUGGAGCUGAAAAUGGAAAGUAUCUCUGGCGAGGAAUGCUUGCUGAUGGAAUGACAUGGAAUCUGAAGACAAAGACAAAACAAGAGACACCCCUUUGUCUCCUCCUUCCACCCCGUCUAUCCCCGGUGUAUGUCUAAGGAUUUGAAGGACUCUGUCUGCCCAGCAACAGUAGUUAAGAGCACAUUCAAUGCCCUUGUAUACCAUCUGCUUGCAAAUCAAGAGCUGUGACAUUUCAAAUCUUUCUACCGGGACUCGUGUUUAACAUCGUGACUCUUCCCCCUCCGCCGAGCCGCUCUCCAGUGCUGAAAUCCCGGGCGCAGCUGUCGCUCCGUUCUCUUUCGGAAGCUGUCCUAAUGAAGGAGGCCGACGCCAUAAAGCUCUUCAUUGGCCAGAUCCCACGGAAUCUGGAGGAGAAGGACCUAAAGCCCAUCUUUGAGCAGUUUGGAAAGAUCUAUGAGCUUACGGUGAUCAAAGACAAGUACACAGGAAUGCACAAAGGAUGUGCAUUCUUGACGUACUGUGCGAGGGAGUCAGCCUUGAAGGCCCAGAAUGAAUUGCACGAACAGAAGACUUUACCGGGGAUGAACCGCCCCAUUCAAGUGAAGCCAGCAGACAGUGAGGGCCGAGGAGUUUGCUCUGCCCUGGUUACUCAUCAGUUCCUGGAGUACAGGAAGUUGUUUGUAGGGAUGUUGGGGAAGCAGCUGUCAGACACUGAUGUCAGAAAAAUGUUCGAGCCUUUUGGUAGUAUAGAGGAGUGCACAGUGCUCCGAGGACCUGACGGAGCCAGCAAAGGUUGUGCAUUUGUAAAAUAUCAGAAUAAUGCAGAAGCGCAAGCGGCCAUCAGUGCUCUACACAGCAGCCGCACACUCCCGGGUGCGUCCUCGAGUCUGGUGGUGAAGUUUGCCGACACAGAGAAGGAGAGAGGGAUCAGGCGUAUGCAGCAGGUGGCCUCUCAGCUGGGUGUCAUUAGUCCCAUGAGUCUACACCUGGGCGCAUACAACGCCUACACACAGGCACUUGUCCAGCAGCAGGCCUUGGUGGCUCAGUCUGCAUAUUUGUCUCCCGUGGCGACGGUUGCCGCGGUGCAGAUGCAGCAGUUGGCUGCUCUUAAUCCCAACAGCAUCAUCGCCACGCCCAUCGCCUCACUCACUCCCUCCUCAGGUACGAACACUCCUCCAGCCAUUGCUGCCACGCCUGUGUCUGCUCUGCCACCACCAAUCACAGUCAACAGUUACACCCCAGUUCCUGGACCACCCAAUGGCCAGUCUGCCUCUGAAACCCUCUACACCAAUGGUGUCCACCCAUAUCAGGCUCAGAGUCCUGCAUUGGAUCCUCUACAACAGGCAUACACAGGCAUGCAACACUACACGGCUGCAUACCCUGCUGCGUAUGGAUUGAUCGGUCAACCGUUUCCACAUCAGCCCACUUUGGUUGCCCAGCAACCACAGCAGCCACAGCAGCUGCAACAACGAGAAGGUCCUGAAGGCUGCAAUAUCUUUAUUUAUCAUCUGCCUCAGGAGUUCACUGACUCGGAGAUGCUGCAGAUGUUCCUGCCCUUCGGCAAUGUCAUUUCAGCCAAGGUGUUUGUUGACCGUGCCACCAACCAGAGCAAAUGCUUUGGUUUCGUAAGCUUUGACAACCCAGCAAGCGCUCAGGCUGCCAUCCAGUCCAUGAACGGCUUUCAAAUUGGCAUGAAGAGGCUUAAAGUUCAGUUGAAGAGGCCUAAAGAUGCCAACCGCCCAUACUGAAACUUACAGGCAAGAAAGGAGAGAACUAACGGAGUCACGUGCGAGUCACUUUUCCGCCGCUGCAAAUUGUGGGACCAACAACUUUCGCAAAACCACAGUAUAAAAGCCUACCAAGAUUAUUUAAACAAAAAUAUACAUUUACUAGAGACUUAUCGCACAAUUUGCCGGCUGAAUAUAAAAACAUACUACCUUAACAGUAUGCAAUAUAGGACCAAUAAGUUUCUGCAUUUGUUGAAAAUAGGCACAGCCAGCCAGUUAAUGCAUUAGCGACGCAAUGCCACCCGCUCUUCUGCUUUACACGCUAUUGUGCCGUGUGCUUGUGGGUCGCAAACUUUCUGCCCUCGGCUCACACAUCAAUGCACACAAAAAUGGGACCAACACAAAUAUGUCAGUACUGGGAAUUUUCAUUUCUGGGUAAAAAUUCUGUGAGCUAAUCGCAGCCUAUUGAGGUCUUUUUUGCAGCAAUCUACAAUGUGUAUAUAGAAAUUCAAGGGGACCAUGUGUAGACAUAUCG